GGAUUCUUCUUUCUAGACCGUCCCUCUAGUAGAUUUUUAAGUUUUAAGAAGACGAAGCAAGUGCAAAAGUGAAAACCCCGAUUCGCACUGCUUGCUACUUCUGCUACUACUAUCAACAUCAACAGAAGUCAGCAUGAGCGGAGGAGGAAGUAUUGGUAGCGGUGGUGGUGGCGGUGGAGACAAGUUUUCAGGUGGGGGAUCAAGCUCCACAAAAACACCAUCUGAUUUUCUCAAAUCUAUUCGAGGUCGUCCUGUUGUCGUUAAGCUCAACUCUGGUGUCGAUUACAGAGGCAUUCUUGCUUGUUUAGAUGGGUAUAUGAAUAUAGCAAUGGAGCAAACAGAGGAAUAUGUCAAUGGUCAGUUGAAAAACAAAUAUGGUGACGCUUUUAUUCGAGGAAACAAUGUUCUAUACAUCAGUACCUCAAAGAGAACUCUAGGAGAUGGAGCAUAAUCUUUAGGAGGAAAUGCUUGUAUUCUGCAAGUUGCUGAUGGGAUCUUCAGUCACGGUGCCUAUGUUUUGAAACAGAAUUAAUGCUGACUCCUUAAAAAGAUUUAGUUGCUUUGUUUAUUAAAGGAGGUUAUGUUUGAAUUUUAUGUACCAAGAAAUACUAAAACCGGAUGUAGCAGAAUAUGUAUUUAUGGUUGAACCAAACUUUGAAUCAAAGUAAUGAUUUGUCCUUGAGGAUCACAUUCUACUUGCAUGAUCUAAGAAGACCAUAUAGUUUCUUCUUAUUA